UCGGCGGGCCGAUCGGGCGUUACUACGCAUGCGCGCAAACUUCGAACUGUCAUGACAUCGAACGUAAACAAAACGAGUGAAUUUUUGUGAUAAACUACUUUAGUUUUCUCCAGUUUCUUGUAUGAAAACUUUGGAUAUUGUGAACUAGUUGGUGCUUAGUGGGAGUGUGUAAACUAAUUGCAAGACUGAUGAGCGAGCGAGUAUAAAAGAAAAAUGCGUCUGCAAACAGUGAUCACGUUAGCUGCGAUUUUGACAUGUGACGCUAAGUUACCGACACAUAAAAGCCACAUUCAACCAAAUGAAUUGCCUCCAAAUCCGACGCAAAACUCCCAAGCGCUGCGACUAUUAGACGUCCAAGCGAAAAGUGCUAAAACUAGUAGAAUUGUAAACGAAUAUAAGCCGAGGCAUAGGCGAGAUGUGUUCGAUUCGAGAAGCUACAACGAAUCUAGUUUAAUAUGGGCACAUUCGGAGCGCCUAGAUGAAAACGGGGAUGUAGUGCUCCGAUGGGUGAACUCAGAUUCGAGUAUCACCUUUAGGGUUGAGGCGCGCACCCGUGGCUAUGUCGGGAUCGGAUUCAACUCUGCGAGAAACAUGCGAGGGGCCGAUUUACUCGUCGCCUGGGUUGACGAUAGGAACAAUCAUGCGCAUGUUUUGGAUUGCCACGGACUAGCGUUCGAAGACAGAGCUGUGGCCGAUGAAGUGCAGAACGUCGAGCUGAUCUCCGGCUACCAGAAUAACACGCACACCACUGUCGAGUUCAGAAGGAUGCUGGACACGUGUGACAUACAGGACUUCGUUAUUGGUGACGACACAAUGCAAGUGCUCUGGGCGCUCGGCCCCGACGGCUCCGACGGAGAGCUGCCGAGACACGUCAAAAGUGGCUCCAGGCCCCUCAGGCUGCUGCUGCCCGUGUCCAAGCCGGAGACCAUACCUUUGAGGCAUUGGGACGUGCGGAUAAAUAAUCUCACAAUACCCCACGACAUGGCAACUCUAUUCUGGUGCAAGAUCUUCAAAGCACCCGACCUACCCAUGAAGCACCACAUCGUAGGCUACCAGCCGCUGAUCGACAGUCGACCAAUCAGAGACGGCGUCCCGAUGCUAGAGAAAAAUAGCCUUUCCCCCGUUCAUCAUAUGGUUCUAUACGAAUGUGCUGAGGAUCCCGAUCAGCAUUUGUGGAAGGAAUGGGCCAAUCAGGAUGGGUUCUAUGGGCCGAGUAGGCCUAGUGAAUGGGCGACUUGUGUUACGCCGGUUGCUGCUUGGGCUAUUGGGUCUAAAGGCGAAUUCCUUCCGGAAAACGUCGGCAUCCCGCUGGGCGAGAAAACCGGCGUGUCGUUCUACAUGCUGGAGGUUCAUUACGACAAUCAGGCGCUGCAUGAAGUGCUAGACAACUCCGGAAUAAGGAUCCACUACACCCCAGCCCUGCGAGCGCACGACGCGGCCCUUUUAGGGGCCGGAGUGGGGGUGUCAGCGCUCCAUGUGAUCCCGCCUAAACAGAAGCAGUACAGGACCGUUGGCAUUUGUAGCCCUGAGUGUACGAAUAGUACCAUGCCCGAAGAAGGAAUUAACAUCGUAUCCGUCCUUCUCCACGCACAUGGUACUGCGAGGAAGAUUUCAUUGAAGCACGUCAGAGGAAAUAACGAACUACCGAGAAUAUCAGAGGAAAACUCGUACGAUGUCCGCUAUCAACAAUCCCGCAUAGUCCCAGGAGGCAGAAGGUUUUUAAAAGGGGACACUUUGAUCACAGAGUGCACUUACGAUAGUUCCAGCCGCGAUAAGCCUAUUUUGGGGGGUUAUUCCGCAUCACAGGAAAUGUGCCUAUCGUUCGUGCUAUACUACCCUCGCACUGAACUGGCGGGAUGUUAUUCUAUGACGCCAGUCAAAGAGUUUUUCGAAACCUUUGGUGUGAGAGAGUUCUACACCCUUAGUAUGACCGACGUCGAAAACAUCUUCCUAUCGUCAGGGAAUUUGGAGAAUCUACCACCAAAGAUGGAGUUUGACAUAAGACAACACGCAUCUGAAUCUGAAGCUAUGCAGGGCGAUGACCAAGGCGUAGGACUCAUGAAGGAGCUGAUAAUCCGUGAGCCCACCGAAUUCCAGAACAAGACGUUCCUAGCACACCUCAAUCAGAUGCCGUGGUCCGAGUCGGUGCUGACCGAGCAGAUUGAGAAGACCUUAUAUAAGGGCAUGCAUAUGACCUUCUGCAAGAAGAGGGAUGAUAAUUGGGGAGCGCCAAUACAAAUCCAGAACUACCCUGACUACGUGGAACUGGUCAGCAACGAGGCGGCAGAGAAGUCGUGUAACUACAAAAGCGUUCUACCACAGAACUCCGUAACUAAAUCCGCCAAUGGCAUGAGCAGUUCUGUCAUAUCCGCCAUCUUGGCUGUAUGCGCGAUCAUAGUCGCGCGGUAAUAAAAAAAUAAUUGUAUUUUCUAAUACACCGAGGCCAAUGAUUUGUUGUUUUUCGUUUUGAGUUGUUUAUGUCUACUGCAAAAAUCUGGAAAAGACUUAAGACUAGAUUUAUCACUUCUAUAUAAAGUUAGGACAGAUAUCUGUAUCAAUUUAGGAGACUUUUACAAAGCAGACGUAAAUAAUACUUUGCUUAGUUUUUGACUAAGUUUAGUUCUGAUCCCUAAAGUUAGUACAUCUUAUAUCUGCUACAUAAGAAGUCGAGUCAAGUCAGUCUUUUGUGUAUAAUAAAUUACCAAUCUGUAAGAUUUGGAUGAUUUUGUUUUACUCAUACUUACUACGAUGUUAGUAUUUAUUAAAUUUACUUACGAACAAUUUGUUUUCUAAUAUAAUGGUGUCAGUUUGUAUGAAACAUAUUUCAUUUUUCGACGAACGUGUGUUAAAUUAUUAAGAAUGUAUUCCUAUUCGGGAUUUCUAUCGCAUGUUUAUGAUGGAGUGAAUGUGGAUAUACUUUUGUGUGAUUUUUGUACUUAUGAGUUUUUGCUCAUGGACACGUCGGCAUACGAUUCAGUCUUACGUACAUUUACGUAGUUGUUUUAAGGCGAGUAACGAUACCAAAUGCUUGGUAUUAUUAUAAUAAUCUAUAGUUACACUUAGUGUUGCUUGGACGUUGAUAGAACUAAUCGAUAAAUCUGGAGACUUAUAAUUAUGACUGAUUUUUAUAAAUUCGGUACUAUUAUCGCCUAUUCUUUGAUAAAAUAAUGCAUUUAUGAAAUAAGUUUGCAAUUGUAAGGGUAGAUAACAAAAUUGCGAUUGUUAUUUGUGUUAGUCGUAUUGUGUCUUAUAAUUUUUCAUAAUGUUAUAAAAAUGUCACAGGGGAUAACAAUAUUUUUGUACAACUAAAAUUUCACUUUUUCAAUAUUUCCGUUAACAAAUGUAUGACAUUUUUGAUCUAAGCCGUAUAUUGAAUUAUUGAUUUUAAGACUUAUAACUCUUCGGGUGACAAGCAAAAUUCACUAAGUACUAUCCAAAAAAAAAAAUUAUUGAUUUUAAGACUUAUAACUCGUCGGGUGACGAGCAAAAUUCACUAAGUACUAUCCAAAAAAAAGAAGUACUUAACAAUGCACUUUAUUACACUUGUAACACGGUUUAUUGUCCAAUAAUUUCAAUGGUGUUAGUUAGUGACUUUUGCUUCUCACCCGACGAACUGUAGGUAUGUACCUAUACAAUUGUAAUUCAUUUGAUCAGUUUUUCUCCUGGACAGUUUGACGACGGACCAAUUCAAAUAUAAGUUCCUAUUAAUUCAAAGUUUAGUUUGAUCGAAUGGGUUGAAAAAAGCAAGUACCAAUAGUGCAUAAUAUUUCCAACUAAUAGCAACAGUGUAUUUAUUUUAGUAAAUUCUUAUACUUUCACGCACUAUGGUGUAAUUUUACAAUGACUAACUUUUAUUUUUUGAAGAUUUUUUUUUUCUGCGACAUAUGUAUUUCACUGUCAAUCACUUAGGGCUGUGCAUGUUAAAUAUCUAUUUAGAUCAAAUUCUACAACUAAGUUCAAUAACGUAGCACGUAAAUUGUAAUAUAAAUUAAAAAUAUGUAUUUGAUGACACUUGAACAACAAUGCAAUUAUAAAAAAAAAACAAUGCAAUUAUGAAACUAUUAAACAUAGUUGUAGAAUUGUGUACUCAAUCGAUACGUACCCAAGAAACGAAUAAGUAAUGUUUUUUGAGUCAUACUGUGUAGUUGUAUACCUACAUUGCAUUUUGCUAUUAUGUAUAAUUAUUAUCUUAAGGUUAAGUAGUCUAUAAGGUUUAUUUAUUUAAAAGUCAAUAUAUGUGUUUUAUUACA